AAGUUACUUCCCCAGAUCCAUCAGUUUUCAACGGUGGUAAUUUAUAUGUCUUGCCUCUCACUGAUAGUGAGAAUAAUAAUAAUUAAAAAAAAAGGAUUUGAGGAUUUUAUUGCUCCAUCUCAACCAUUCCUACCAUCCUUCUCUUCUUCACUCUCCCAUAAAUUGUUACAUUCAAGAUUAACAAUAACCAGAGUUGUCUUGUCCAAAUUCAGUACUUGCAUUUAUCCUUUUACUUUCUGUAACAAUGUCAAUGGAAUAUCUAGUGAAGGUUGAAGAAUCAAGGCCUGCUGCUAGUGAUGGAAAACCAUCAGCUGGACCUGUUUUUAGGUCCAUUUAUGCCAAAGAUGGUCUUCUUGAGGUGUCUGCAGAACUGGAUUCUCCUUGGCAAUUCUUGAGCGAUUCUGCUCUUAAGAACCCAAAUAACCGAAUGCUAGGCAGACGUCUAGUCACAGAUUCAAAGGUGGCAGGUCCUUAUGUAUGGCUGACUUAUAAAGAGGUUUAUGAAACUGCAAUCAGAAUAGGUUCAGCAAUGAGAAGCCGUGGUCUGAAUCCUGGGGAUCGUUGCGGUAUAUAUGGUUCCAACUGCCCAGAAUGGAUUACUGCAAUGGAGGCUUGUAAAAGUCAUGCAAUUACAUUUGUACCAUUAUAUGACACUCUUGGUCCUAAUGCCGUGGAAUUCAUCGUCAAUCAUGCUGAAGUAUCACUAGCUUUUGUUCAAGAGAGCAAGCUCUCUUCUAUCCUAGCUUGCCUCCCAAAAUGCUCAUCAUAUUUAAAGACUAUUGUUAGCUUUGGGAGUGUUUCUGCCAUGCAAAAGAAGGAAGCUGAGGAAUUGGGUGCAUCCUGCUUUUCAUGGGAAGAAUUUUGUCAGUUGGGAAGUUUGGAUUGUGAAUUACCUGCGAAACAUAAGGGUGAUAUCUGCACAAUAAUGUAUACAAGUGGAACAACAGGAGAACCAAAAGGUGUUCUUCUUACUAAUGGGGCUAUAAUGGCGGAAGUAUUAUCCGUCGACCAUCUACUUUUUCUUACAGAUAGAGCGGCUACAGAAGAGGAUUCAUACUUCUCUUUCCUUCCUUUAGCCCAUGUAUAUGAUCAAGUAAUUGAGACCUAUUGUAUCCAAAAAGGUGCUUCUAUAGGAUUUUGGAGAGGGGAUGUCAGGUUUUUGCUUGAGGAUGCUCAGGCGUUGAAGCCUAGUAUUUUCUGUGGGGUUCCCAGAGUCUAUGACCGCAUAUACACUGGAACAAUGCAAAAAAUUUCAUCUGGAGGUGCUUUAAGGAAGAAACUGUUUGAUUUCGCCUAUAGCUACAAGCUAGGAAAUCUUCAGAAGGGAUUGCCACAAGCCCAGGCAGCACCUCUUUUGGACAGGCUUGUCUUCGAAAAGACAAAACAAACAUUGGGAGGUCGAGUUCGCAUCAUGUUAUCUGGUGCUGCACCUUUGCCUAAGCAUGUGGAGGAGUUUUUGAGAGUGACUUCCUGCUCUACUUUAUCACAAGGAUAUGGUCUGACAGAAAGUUGUGGAGGUUGUUUAACAUCCAUAGGUGAUGUGUUUCCUAUGGUUGGAACCGUUGGAGUUCCCAUGACAACCAUUGAAGUAAGGCUUGAAUCAGUGCCUGAAAUGGGAUAUGAUGCAUUAUCCAGCGUUCCAAGGGGAGAGAUUUGCCUAAGGGGAAAUACCUUAUUCUCCGGUUACCACAAGCGAGAAGAUCUAACGAAAGAAGUCCUCAUUGAUGGGUGGUUUCAUACAGGUGACAUUGGAGAAUUACAACCAAAUGGAGCAAUGAAGAUCAUUGACAGGAAAAAGAACAUAUUCAAACUAUCCCAAGGUGAAUAUGUUGCUGUGGAGAGCCUCGAAAAUACAUAUUCCCGGUGCUCUCUUAUAGCUUCGAUUUGGAUAUACGGCAACAGUUUUGAGUCAUGUCUUGUUGCCGUAGUAGUACCUGAGAGACAGGCACUUGAGGAUUGGGCAGCAAACCAUAAUGUGGCCGAUGAUUUUAAAACUUUGUGCAAGAAUCUGAAGGCUAGGAAAUACAUUUUAGAUGAGCUCAAUAGCACUGGCCUGAAACACAAACUUCGAGGAUUUGAGAUGUUAAAAGCAAUUCAUUUGGAACCACAUCUGUUUGACAUGGACAGGGAUCUGAUAACUCCAACAUUUAAGCUGAAGAGGCCACAAUUACUCAAAUACUACAAGGACUGCAUCGAUCAACUGUACAGUGAAGCAAAGGGAUUGAAGGCAUAAGAGCAAUUUCUAUAAGCAAGAACAAGAUAUCCUGAUGUGCAGAAUGUCACUGGCAUUUACGUAGGUUCCUUCUGUGUUGUGGCAACUAUUGUUUAAGAACCUUAUAUAGAGGAAAAAAGCAAGUUUAAAGAUACCUUCAACUGUUCAGCUUGUUGGUCACUGUCAAUGUUCAUAAAUAGACAACGUUACUAAAAAAUUUAUUAGCGAUUUGAGGGAUGUGCUAAGGUCUUCAAAUUUCGAUGAUAUAUUUAUACUUUGUCACA